AACCCACAGCACACAGGGAGGUCUCUCAGUUCUCCAUUAGCCCUGCUAGUCCUCUCUCCAGAGGACACAAACCAUGAAGCUCCUUCUCCUGGCCUUUGCCAUUAUCUCAUUUCUGGCACAGAGAACCCAAGGUGGCUGGGUAGACAAAAAAUGCUGGAAUAGAGCGGGGCGGUGUCGGAAUCACUGCAAGAAGACAGAGAACAAUCAUUCUACGUGCGCCGAUAGGAGAAAGUGUUGUGUGUCUUUUGACAAGCUUCGGAAGGAGUCCGAGGACAAUUCGACUUUGUCAGAAGAAACAACGCCUUCGUUAGUCGGAGCCUUGACCACCAGUGCACUUACAGGCGCCAACCUUUUUAACCCUAAUGCUUCCCCGACUACAGCAGCGGGUGGGACCCCACCAGCAGGAAGCGGCAUAACAACCCCCCCAGCCACACCACCCCCGGCCGCACCACCCCCGGCCGCAUCACCCCCGGCCGCACCACCCCCGCCGCACCACCCCCGGCCGCACCACCCCCGGCCGCACCACCCCCGGCCGCAGCACCCCCGGCCGCAGCACCCCCGGCCGCACCACCCCCGGCCGCACCACCCCCGGCCGCACCACCCCCGGCCGCACCACCCCCGCCGCACCACCCCCGGCCGCAGCACCCCCGGCCAGAGCUCCCCCGGCCAUAGCACCCCCGGCCAUAGCACCCCCGGCCAGACCUCCCCCGCCCAGACCUCCCCCGGCCAUAGCACCCCCGGCCAUAGCACCCCCGGCCAGACCUCCCCCGCCCAGACCUCCCCCGGCCAUAGCACCCCCGGCCAUAGCACCCCCGGCCAGACCUCCCCCGCGCAGACCUCCCCCGGCCAUAGUACCCCCGCCCAGAGCUCACCCAGCCAGAGCACCCCCAGCUGCAAAGCCCGCCCCCUUCCAAGCUCCCGCAGCAGGAGGUGAUUUUAGCGAGGAAUAAGUGGAGAGCAAUGUCAGAGAGCUCGGACUGCCUCAUCCUGGUACCGGAUCAGGGCACCUGUUCAAUUCUGGGAUUCAAUAAAGCAUUUUCGACGAUCUUCCGUUGGUCGCCAUUCAUCCAUA